AUGGCCUCCCCCGUGAGAUCUGGCGCUGAUGCGCCUCCGGGGAGCUCCCCGUCCCCGCCUCUGGUGACGCCGGGCUCCAACGCCUCGGCCUCCUUCUCCAGCAACGGCGGCAUUGAGCCUGCCCCUGGAUCCGGCGACAUCUGGCGUGAUCCGGCCGUCGGCGCCUCCCUCCUCCACACGGAAGGGCACCGUGUUGGCCUCGGCGUGGUUGCCGCCAGCGAGCGAGGAGAGGCAAGACGCGGUGCCCGUCCGUCAGAUGCCAAGCGUCUCAUCGGCAGGAGGUUCUCUGAUGCCUCUGUCCAGAGCGAUAUCAAGCUGUGGCCCUUCAAGGUCAUUUCUGGGCCUGGUGAGAAGCCAAUGAUUGUUGUCCAGCACAAGGGUGAGGAGAAGCAGUUUGCAGCUGAAGAGAUCUCCGCUAUGGUUCUCAUCAAGAUGCGUGAGAUCGCUGAAGCUUACCUUGGCAGCACGAUCAAGAAUGCUGUUGUGACAGUCCCUGCCUACUUCAACGGCUCACAGAGGCAGGCCACAAAGGAUGCUGGGGUGAUUGCUGGCCUCAAUGUGCUGCGUAUCAUCAACGAGCCAACUGCUGCUGCUAUUGCCUAUGGUCUUGACAAGAAGGCUACCAGUGUUGGCGAGAAGAAUGUCCUCAUCUUUGACCUUGGAUGUGGUACCUUCGAUGUCUCCCUCCUCACCGUUGAGGAAGGUAUCUUUGAGGUCAAGGCCACAGCUGGUGACACCCAUCUGGGUGGUGAGGACUUUGACAACAGGAUGGUCAACCACUUCGUCCAGGAGUUAGAGGAAGAACAAGAAGGAUAUCACUGGCAACCCGAGGGCUCUCUGAGGACUGCUUGUGAGAGGGCGAAGAGGACUGAAAUAUGCUGA